AUGCUGGCCAUGGCGAGGCCGGUGAACCAGUGGCCGCGUACUGUGAAGUCCAUGGAGAAGCUAACGCCCCUGAAGGACCUAUCACCGCCAGAGGCACCUGUAGAAGCACCGCAGGAGGAGGCGCCGGAGGAGAAGGUCCUGGCCUUCGACGAGAUGAUCAAGCCCAGGGUUUUGACCCGCUCCAGCAGUGUCGGCAGCCUCCCCAGCGUGCAGAUGAGCGUCCAAACGGGCGCCAGCCGAGGCUCUUACGGGCCGCUCAGGCGGGACAUGCCGGUGCCUCCAGCCCUGGGGCCCGAGAGCUUCCAGCGCCGCGCGCGGCGCACGGAGGCCACGGUGGCGCUGCGGCAGCUCAAGGACAAGAUCCGGAACCCCUUGGGCUUUGAGGAGAAGCGCCUGCAGCUGGGGGAGUUGGCCUUGAGGGAUCUCCGUGCUGACAUCUCCCACAUGCUGCGGAGGCCUACGGGAAAACUGGAGGACAAAGAGCCGGUCAGUGUGGACGAUGUGUUCGGAAGCCAGCCUCCCCGAAAAGGCAAGAAAACGGAGGUGGGGCCAGAAAGCCGCCCAUCCUCGAGAGAUGAGACAUCGCCGGUGACCAGCACUUCCCUCACCUCCCCCUCCGUAAAGUCGCUGAAGAAGGGGGCCUCCAGGCUGCGGGAAGGCGUCAGCUUCGAGUUGCUCCCGAGUGAGGAGGACACGUGA